ACUAUAAUCGUUACCAUCAUUUACUAGUUUUUAUACCCAUGAUGAGAUGCUCUCUGUAGAAGAGCAAACAACAAAAAAUACUGUUGCAGAAAAUGAUGACAGUGUCGUGGAUUCCCUUUCACUCUUUGAUGAUCUGAUUGAAAUUCCAAACCUGGAGAGUUUGAAGUUAUCCUCAAUCAAAAGCAAAAACAUAUGGAGAGACCAGCCUCUGUCAAAUAUUUGCUUUCAAAAUUUAAUAAAAUUAACUGUUAAAGAUUGCUAUAACUUAAAAUACUUAUGUUCAUUUUCUGUGGCUAGCAAAUUUAAGAAAUUGAAAGGCCUUUUUAUAAGUGAUUGUUUGAAGAUGGAGAAGAUUUUUAGCACUGAAGGAAACACUGUGGAAAAGGUCUGCAUUUUUCCUAAGUUGGAGGAAAUCCAGCUCAACAAAUUGAAUAUGUUGACAGACAUAUGCCAAGUUGAAGUUGGUGCUGAUUCCUUUUCUAGCCUCAUUUCUGUGCAAAUUGAAGGGUGUAAAAAACUUGACAAGAUUUUUCCAAGUCACAUGACAGGAUGCUUUGGGAGUUUAGACAUCUUAAAGGUUAUUGAUUGUAUGUCAGUGGAAAGUAUUUUUGAAGGAGUUAUUGGUUUCAAAAAUCUACGGAUUAUAGAGGUUACAGAAUGUCAUAACCUAAGCUAUGUCUUACCAGCUUCUGUGGCCAAAGAUCUAAAAAGGCUUGAAGGCAUUUCGGUGAGUCAUUGUGACAAAAUGAAGGAAAUUGUUGCUUCAGAUGAUGGACCACAAACACAAUUAGUGUUUCCUGAAGUAACCUUCAUGCAACUCUAUGGCCUGUUUAAUGUUAAGCGUUUCUAUAAGGGGGGACAUAUAGAAUGUCCAAAAUUGAAGCAGUUGGUCGUGAACUUUUGUCGUAAAUUGGACGUGUUCACAACAGAAACCACAAAUGAAGAAAGACAAGGCGUUUUCUUAGCUGAAAAGGUAAUCUCCAACUUGGAGAUCAUGGAAAUUCACUCAAAGGAUGCAUUGUGGUUAAAGAACAACACUUGGAAGUACCGAAUGGACUGUAUAAAAGAGCUUAGCUUACGCUAUCUCAGGGGUGUUGAACUUCUCUACUGGUUUCUGGACAGAAUGCCUAAUCUGGAAAAUUUAAACUUGUUUUCCGGCAACCUGCAUGAAGGGUUAGUGCCGAGUGGAAACAUUGGACCACAAGAAAGAUUGGGAACUGUAUUACAGCUCAAGACAUUGACUUUGUGGUUAUCAACGAUAAAGGAUCUAGGAUUUGACCGAGACCCACUUCUACAAAGACUAGAGCAUUUGCUCUUACUUGACUGCCACAGUUUGGUCACUUUAGCACCUUCCUCUCUAUCUUUGACUCACUUAACAUAUUUGGAAGUAAACUCUUGUCGUGGAUUAAUGAAUUUAAUGGCAAUCUCAACAGCCAAAAGCAUGGUUCAACUUGCAAAAAUGAAGGUAAUCGAAUGUAAAAUGCAGGAAAUAGUAACCAAUGAGGGAAAUGAAGAAGACAGAAUGAUUGAAGUUGUAUUUAGCAAAUUGGUUUAUUUAGAGCUGGUAGGAUUACAUUACCUUACAAGUUUCUGCAGCUACAAGAACUGUGAAUUUAAAUUCCCAUCACUGGAAAUACUGGUUGUGAGAGAAUGCGUCAGGAUGGAAACAUUCACUGUGGGUCAGACAACAGCACCAAAGCUACAAAAUAUACAUGUCAUUGAAGGAGAAGAGGAAGAGAAACAGUAUUGGGAAGGUGACUUGAAUACCACUAUACAAAAAAAAUUCAAAGACAAGAUUUCUUUCAAAUACAUGGAGAGGUUGAACCUUAUUAAUUAUCAUGAUUUAUUAGAACAAGUAUGGCAUUGCAGUGAUUUGGUGCAAGAGUACAUGUUUCGCAAUUUGACAUCCUUGGUGGUAUCAUAUCGUAACAAUCUAGUACACGCAAUUCCAUCUCAUUUACUUCCUUGCUUUGAGAAUUUGGACGAGUUAGAAGUAUCAGAUUGCAGUGCUGUGAAAGUCAUAUUUAAUUUAAAUGACACAAUGGUCACAAAAGCUUUGGGAAAAUUUCGCUUGAAAAAAUUGUUACUUUAUAAUCUACCAAUCCUGGAGCAUGUAUGGGACAAAGACCCUGAAGGAAUUUUUUUCCUUCAAGUACUACAAGAAAUGAGUGUUACAGAAUGUGAUAACCUUAAAUACUUGUUUCCUGCUUCGGUGGCUAAAGAUCUUACUAGACUCAAGGUGCUUAGUGCAACGAACUGUGAGGAGCUGGUAGAAAUAUUUUCGAAGGAUGAAAUACCUGCAGAAGGAGAAAUAAAAGAGUUUCCUCAACUGACCACAAUGCACCUAAUAAACUUGCCAAGGCUCAAAUACUUUUAUCCUCGUCUACAUAAGCUAGAAUGGCCUGCACUAAAAGAGCUGCAUGCACAUCCUUGUAACUUGACGAUACUCAAAUGUCGAGAAGAUCAUCCAGAGGACCAAGCCCUUAUUCCAAUUGAAAAGAUCCCCAGUAUGGAUAAGUUAAUAGUUGUUAUUGGAGACACCUUGGUCAGGUGGAAUCGAUGGUCUAGCAAAUUGCAAUUUGACAAACUGCAACACUUUCAAGAAGAGUCAGAUAGUGUGCUGCAUGUGUUCCUUGGCAUGUUACCUGCUAUAGGAAAGCUUGAAUUUGAUAAUUGUUUGGUUGAAGAGAUAUUCUCUCCUGAAAGACCUAAUGCUGAUUACAAAAGUGUCCUCUUGCACCUAACAGAAAUAGAGUUAAAUAAUAUGUUUAAUCUCAACUCCAUUGGUUUAGAGCACUCUUGGCUACACUCCAUUCCUGAAAAUCUCAAAAAAUUAGUAGUAACAAACUGUGGUCGUUUAAUAAACUUGGUACCAGACAUGGUAUCUUUCUCCAGCCUCAAAUAUUUGGAUGUAAGUAUAUGUAGUGGAAUGCUAUAUCUGUUUACAUCGUCAACAGCCAAAAGUCUGUGCCGACUCAAAGUAAUGAAGAUAGAAUCGUGUGAAUCAAUGCAAGAGAUAGUGUCCACAGAGGGGGAUGAAUCAGGUGAAGAUAAAAAGUUAAUAUUUGAGGACCUCCGCACUUUGUUUCUAAAAGAUUUAUCAAAGCUAAGGUGCUUUUAUUCUGGGAAGUUUUCCUUGUGCUUUCCAUCCUUGGAGAAAGUGUCCUUGAUUCUAUGCAUCUCGAUGAAUACUUUCAGUCCAGUCAACGAGAUAGAUCCAACCAAAUUGUAUUAUGGAGGAGUUAGAUUCCACACAGGUGAACCACAAUGGGAAGUUGAUCUGAAUUCUACAAUACGCAAGUGGGUUGAGGAAGAGAUGCCAUUUAUGCAUGGUUCAUGAAAGGUGAAAAAGUAUAGGGUGUUGCGCUAAAAGCCUAAAACCACACUUAGAGGAGCAAGGGUACUCUAUCGUAGAAGUAGAAGAUUAUCAUAUCAACAAGGAUUCAUUAACAAGUACUAAACUAAUUAAGAUUAUUUAUUAUUUAGACGGACAAGUAUUAGAAUGAUUUCAGUAACUGAAUAAAAAGUAAUGACGAAAAAGGAUAAAAACACGGAGCUGUAAAUCAAUAGAGAGAUCUAGUGUCGUGGUUUCACUUGCAAGUUUUGAUUCCUUUAUGUCUAGUUCUAAUUAAAUUCCUUUAU